GGUAGUAGCGGCCGGCCGGCCGGCAGCAGGGACGCAGGCCCGGCUGGGGACACGGAGCCGCCAGCGGCGGCUGCUGCUCACGGGGUGGGGGGACCAGAGACCGCCGCCAGACCCUCCCACCGAGAGCGGGCCGCCCCCGGGACACCCCACCCUCCCCCGCCUGCCUUCGCGUUCCACCUGCUUCUCUCCAUCCUCUCCUCCCUCCCACCCGCCUCGUCCCUCCGCCCCUUCUGCCCCCUUCUCGGUGUCCCCGGUCCCUGCCCGGCCUCUCCUGGCCCCCAAGCAUGCUUCUCCCGUGGGGACUGAGGGCUUGAGGACUCCGGGCCCUAGCCUCAUCCAGGGCAGGGCCGAGGCUCCGGGGGAAGGGGGGGAAGGGGGCGGCCCCCUCCCCCCCAGCAGGCCCUCCCCUCCCCCACGUCUCCCGAUGGCCGGCUUUCUUUUCUCCACGCAGUCCUCGCCCCCUGUGCCCCCCCCAGGCCGGCCUGGCUAGGGGAGGGGGCGGGGGCCCUUUCCUGGGCCGGCUUCCCCCUCCCCCGGCUUUGCCUGUGCCCCCUCCCUUCCGUUUUCACCUUCCUCUCCUCCUUUCCUCCCUCCUUCCCCUCCGUUUGCUCCUUCCCCCUCUCCGCUCUCCCCUUCUCUCCUCCAUUUUCUCCUUUCCCCUUCCUCCCCUCCUGGCCCGCCCUUUGCUUUUCCACCUGUCCUUCCUCCCCGCUGCCGGGGAGACACCGCUUUGGAUUAGUUGGGGGCCACCGCCGGCGGCGGGGGAGGGGGCCCAGUGGACUGCCCUCUCCCCCGGCCCCAGCCUCACCAGCACCCGGAGUCGGAGCAUCUCCUGCCUGGCGUCCCUCGGGCCUCGAGGGAGCCCAGCUCUCCGUCCCACCAGGAUCCUUCUUUUUGCUCGUUUGUUCUGCUUUUGGAGACGGGGUUUCCUAUGGCCCAGGCUAGCCUUGAACUCACUUUGUAGCUGAGGCUGGCUUUGAACUCAUGGUCCUCUGGCUGCUGAUGGCUGGUAUUACAGGUGGCGAGUGGGGGCCGCGGCAGCUGCGUCCCCAUGAGGAGGAGAGGAAGAUGCCGGCUGAGCUGCUGCUGCUGCUGAUAGUUGCCUUCGCCCACCCCAGCUGCCAGGUGCUGUCAUCACUGCGCAUGGCUGCAAUCCUGGACGACCAAACCGUGUGUGGCCGCGGUGAGCGUCUGGCCCUGGCCCUGGCCCGGGAACAGAUCAACGGGAUCAUCGAGGUCCCAGCCAAGGCCCGAGUGGAAGUAGAUGUCUUCGAGCUGCAGCGGGACAGCCAGUACGACACCACGGACACCAUGUGUCAGAUCCUGCCCAAGGGGGUCGUGUCUGUCCUGGGACCCUCCUCCAGCCCAGCUUCUGCCUCCACCGUGAGCCAUAUCUGUGGGGAGAAGGAGAUCCCCCACAUCAAGGUGGGUCCUGAGGAGACGCCCCGCCUCCAGUACCUUCGCUUCGCAUCCGUCAGCCUGUACCCCAGUAAUGAGGACGUCAGCCUGGCGGUCUCCCGAAUCCUCAAGUCCUUUAACUACCCCUCGGCUAGCCUCAUCUGCGCCAAGGCUGAGUGCUUGUUACGCUUGGAAGAACUGGUGCGGGGUUUCCUCAUCUCCAAGGAGACACUGUCUGUGAGGAUGCUGGACGAUAGCCGGGACCCCACGCCGCUACUCAAGGAGAUCCGAGAUGACAAAGUGUCCACCAUCAUCAUCGAUGCCAACGCGUCCAUAUCCCACCUCGUCCUCCGUAAGGCUUCGGAGCUGGGAAUGACAUCAGCGUUUUACAAGUACAUCCUCACCACCAUGGACUUCCCCAUCCUGCACCUGGACGGUAUUGUGGAGGACUCCUCCAACAUCCUGGGCUUUUCCAUGUUCAACACGUCCCAUCCCUUCUACCCGGAGUUUGUGCGUAGUCUCAACAUGUCCUGGAGGGAGAACUGUGAAGCCAGCACCUACCCGGGGCCUGCGCUGUCUGCGGCCCUGAUGUUUGACGCUGUGCACGUGGUGGUUAGCGCUGUCCGAGAGCUGAACCGAAGCCAGGAGAUCGGCGUCAAGCCACUGGCCUGCACUUCGGCCAACAUUUGGCCCCAUGGGACCAGCCUCAUGAACUACCUGCGCAUGGUAGAGUAUGAUGGGCUCACCGGACGGGUUGAGUUCAACAGCAAGGGACAGAGGACCAACUACACACUGCGCAUCCUGGAGAAGUCCCGUCAGGGCCAUCGUGAGAUAGGGGUGUGGUACUCAAACAGGACCCUGGCCAUGAAUGCCACUACCCUGGACAUCAACCUGUCACAGACUCUAGCCAACAAGACACUGGUGGUGACGACUAUCCUGGAGAACCCGUAUGUCAUGCGCAGGCCCAACUUUCAGGCCUUGUCGGGGAACGAGCGCUUCGAAGGCUUCUGCGUGGACAUGCUUCGGGAGCUGGCCGAGCUGCUGCGCUUCCGGUACCGCCUGCGGUUGGUAGAAGACGGACUCUACGGGGCGCCUGAGCCCAAUGGCUCCUGGACAGGCAUGGUCGGCGAGCUCAUCAACCGGCAGAAAGCAGACCUGGCUGUGGCAGCUUUCACCAUCACCGCUGAGCGGGAGAAAGUCAUCGAUUUCUCCAAGCCCUUCAUGACCUUGGGGAUCAGCAUCCUCUACAGAGUGCACAUGGGCCGCAAGCCUGGCUAUUUCUCCUUCCUGGACCCCUUCUCCCCUGCCGUGUGGCUCUUCAUGCUUCUUGCCUACCUGGCUGUCAGCUGUGUCCUGUUCCUGGCUGCCAGGCUGAGCCCCUAUGAGUGGUACAAUCCGCACCCGUGCCUCCGGGCACGCCCCCAUAUCCUGGAGAACCAGUACACACUGGGGAACAGCCUCUGGUUCCCCGUGGGUGGGUUCAUGCAGCAGGGCUCGGAGAUCAUGCCCCGGGCGCUGUCCACGCGCUGUGUCAGCGGAGUCUGGUGGGCGUUCACUUUGAUCAUCAUCUCCUCCUACACGGCCAACUUGGCGGCCUUCCUCACGGUGCAGCGCAUGGAGGUGCCCGUGGAAUCGGCCGACGACCUGGCGGAUCAGACCAACAUCGAGUAUGGCACUAUCCACGCCGGCUCCACCAUGACCUUCUUCCAGAACUCGCGGUACCAGACGUACCAGCGGAUGUGGAACUACAUGCAAUCGAAACAGCCUAGCGUGUUCGUCAAGAGCACGGAGGAAGGGAUCGCCCGAGUCCUCAACUCCCGCUACGCCUUCCUCCUGGAGUCCACCAUGAACGAGUACCACCGGCGCCUCAACUGCAACCUCACUCAGAUCGGGGGCCUCCUCGACACCAAGGGCUAUGGCAUCGGCAUGCCGCUGGGCUCCCCGUUCCGGGAUGAGAUCACGCUGGCCAUCCUGCAGCUCCAAGAGAACAACAGGCUGGAGAUCCUAAAGCGCAAGUGGUGGGAAGGGAGCCGGUGCCCCAAGGAGGAGGACCACAGGGCCAAAGGUCUGGGCAUGGAGAACAUUGGAGGGAUUUUUGUCGUGCUCAUCUGUGGCCUCAUCAUUGCCGUCUUCGUGGCGGUCAUGGAAUUCAUCUGGUCCACUCGGAGGUCAGCCGAGUCCGAGGAGGUGUCGGUGUGCCAGGAGAUGCUGCAGGAGCUGCGCCACGCGGUGUCCUGCCGCAAGACCUCGCGUUCCCGCCGGCGCCGGCGCCCGGGCGGCCCGAGUCGGGCCCUGCUGUCGCUGCGCGCAGUCCGCGAGAUGCGACUCAGCAACGGCAAGCUCUACUCGGCCGGCGCGGGCGGGGACGCGGGCGCACACGGGGGUCCGCAGCGCCUCCUGGACGACCCCGGGCCUCCCGGGGGGCCCCGGCCCGCGGCUCCCACGCCCUGCACGCACGUGCGCGUCUGCCAGGAGUGCAGGCGCAUCCAGGCGCUGCGGGCUUCGGGGGCCGGGGCCCCCCCCCACGUGGCCUGGGCACCCCAGGCGAAGCCACCAGCCCGCCUCGGCCGCGGCCAGGCCCCACCGGACCCCGCGAGCUGACGGAGCACGAAUGACCGUGGACCGGGCCGGGCGUGCGCCCCCACUGACUGCAGGGACGCGAUGCGCCCCAGGUGGACAGGACGCCGCGGUUUUGCCUUCAGUACCCGGUGAAUCCCCAGCCCGGCUCCGGAGCCGGCCCGCGCCCCCUGCUGGACUCAAGCGAGGGUGUCGUGGACGCCCGCACUCCACCCCGCGCCGAGGGCGGGAGGAGCGCAGAGACCGAGGACUCCAAGGGCUGGAGACUGGGGGGGCCGCUCCUGGAGUUGGGCAACGGUCCGCGGGGAGGACCCCAGCCUGGGACUGCCCAGACGCCCCAAGACUUGACACGGCUCUCCACACUUCUGGAGGUGGGGAGGGCCUCUGGACAUGUGGGUGUCCCCUGGUGCCCCUCCUCUCUUCUCUUUCUCUCUUUUUUUGGGGGGAGAAACCUCAGAAUUUCUAUGAGACGCCCCCAGGGAGAGGGUCAGUUGGGCCCCUAUACCUCCCCCUGCCACAUCUCAGUCCCUGUUGGAAUAAAAAAAAAAGAACAAAACCCCAAAA